CCCGAGCCUGUCGCGCCGCCGGCCGACAACAAGAGCGUCGCCAUCAUCACGGUCGAUUACAUCACGCGCUGGCGUCAGCUUUUAGCGGAGCGCCGGCGUCUGGGUCUGAAUGGCUCCGUGCCUCUGGGCGAGCUCUUCAGCGGCAACAGUAGCAGCUUCCUGGACCUGCUGAACGGCACCAGCUACGAGUACGACCUAGCGUGCGACUGGAACGACACGAGCGACAUCUGCAACAUGACCAACUCAACGCUAGACGGCGCGCCCGCGGACGACUACGGCCUCGUCUUCCCCCUGCCGUUCGCCAUCUUCAUCAUCAUGUGCAUGGUGGUGCUGAUCGUGUUGACCGUGGGCGGUAACCUGCUGGUGCUGCUGGCCUUCAUCUGCGAGCGCACCAUCCGCCAGCCGUCCAACUACUUCCUGGCGUCGCUGGCAGUCACGGACGUGCUGAUCGGCUGCGUGUCAAUGCCGUUCUACACGGUUUACGUGCUGCGCGGCUCGUGGAACAUGGGCCCAAUCCUGUGCGACCUCUGGCUCUCGGUCGACUACACCGUCUGUCUGGUGUCGCAGUACACUGUCUUGCUCAUCACCAUCGACCGGUUCUGCUCGGUCAAGGUCAAGAUCGCCGCCAAGUACCGCAACUGGCGCACCAAGAGCAAGGUCAUCUGGAUGGUAACAGUGACUUGGAUCAUCCCCGCUCUCCUGUUCUUCAUCUCGAUCUUCGGCUGGGAGCAUUUCAUCGGCUACCGGGACCUGGCCGAAGGCGAGUGUGUGGUGCAGUUCCUAAAGGACCCCGUCUUCAACACGGCGCUGAUCGUGUUCUACUACUGGCUGACGCUGGUUGUACUUAUGAUUUUGUACGCGGGGAUCUAUCAGACUGCCUACGAAAUGCAAAAGAAAGCGGCCGCCAAGCAGAAGCAGAUGAAGAAGGCGAUGGGAGGGCUGGGGGGCACGACGACGGGCGCCGGCUCAGGGGCGCCGACCAAGAGCACGGCCGCCGUCAGCACGGUGGUCAAGGCGGCCGCCAGCAAAAGCACCAAGGCCAACGGCCACAAGGAUCCAGGCAAGGACUCCGGCAAGGGCACCACGGCCGCCGAGGAAACCAGCUUCUCCAAGGUGAACGACGAAAGGUCGAGCAGCUACGAUUCGGACGAGGGGACGUCUGACCUGAAACCGAGUCAGGCGAAGAAGAGCGUCCCAACGCCCAGCGCACCGAAGGUGGAGCCGGCCCCAGCCAAGAAACCGCCUUUGGAAGUGCUGCCGAAGAUCCCGGAGGGAACAGAGUCUGUCGCGGUGGCAAAGCCCAUGCCGCCUCCCGCGGCUGCGCCAGCGGUCAUUGCAACCAGCGUCGCCGCCGUGCCCACGGCUGCACCCCAGGCUCCUCCGUCAGCAGCAGCCGCCGCCACAACCGUCACCAGUGUACUGAAUUCUGCAAUAACAACGCCGGCCGUGACUUCCGCUCCUGCUGCCCCGGCCUCGAACGGCACAGCCCCUGCAGCUGCGCCGCCAGUAAACGCCCCGGCCUGUGCAAAACCCGUCGCGACGGACGUGGCACCUGCCCCAGCCGCGUGCACAGCUGCCCCAACGGCCGUCACCGCCGCCUCGAAUGGCAACAAGAUGGUCGCCGCCCAGCCGGCCGCCACAGUGGUGACCGCCCUCAAAUCGGAAACACCGGCGGUGAUCACCAACGGCCACCUGCGCUACAUGGACGAGAGCUCGCUGCUGCUGUCGCCCUCGUCCGAGACGCCGCCCUCCUCCUUCUGGUACCCGGGCGCGCUCUCGUCGCCUGUGUCGCCGACCAAGACGUUCGAGGCGGGGGUGCCGUCGCCGCCGCCCAACGCCAUCAUCACGCCCAGCCAGACGCCAGUGCCGCCGGAUCCGGCCGGCGAGCGGACGGCGGCGCCGGGCCGGCCGCCGGCCGAGCCCUGGAUCAGCCUGGAGAGCAGCUCGGAGGAGACCACCUGCCGGUCGGCGUCGCCCGACCCGCAGCGCGUCUCCACCGGCGUGCAGACCAUCGGUCGCAUGAACGGCACCGAUCGGCCGCCCACGCAGCGCACGCCGCCGCAGUACAGCAGCUCCAGCGGCUGCCUGUCAGAGCACAGCAACGACGACGACCACCUGCCAAAGUGCAGCGGCGCCCGCUACCUCCGUCGUCGCGGCUACCCCAGCAGCGCCGAAAGCCGCUGCAGCGCCGCCGGUGCAGCCGGCGACGGCCGCACCCGCCAAGCCGCCGCCAAGCCGUCGCUCGUGACGGCCAUCGGGCGCAGGCUGCGGCGCCGCGUGAAGGAGAAACGCCACGUCUCCAAGUCGGAGAACCGCGCCAACAAGGCGCUCAAGACCAUUUCGAUCAUUAUGGGCGCGUUCGUGGCGUGCUGGACGCCAUAUCACAUAUUCGCUCUCAUCGCCAGCUUUUGUCCCACCUGCAUCAACGGACACGUGUACAUGCUGGCGUACUUUCUAUGUUAUGCCAAUAGCCCCAUUAAUCCCAUCUGUUAUGCUAUGGCCAACCAGCAAUUCAAAAAGACAUUUAUGCGUCUGCUGAAGGGUGACUUUCACAUCACGUAGUUAUGUGUUGCUGUUAGUGUUAAUUUGGAAUGUGCGGUGUCGUAGCAGUUCUUCUUUGCCAUCUGUAUGAACAGGUGAAAGGCUUUGCGACGUGUCAAACCUCUCCCGAUGCCACACUGCUCUCAGCUGAUCUCAAGAAUGCUUAAGAUAAUUAGGAUGCGAUGUGUAUGUACUCACCCGCCCGUGUGCAUACAUGCGUGUACACCUGUGCGAUUAUCUGAGCAACUAUUGUUUGUACAAACGCUUGCGUAUAGGUGCAUUCGUGUAUAGUGAUGUAACGGCGUAUGAUGUACUGCUUGUACUUACGCGUACAUGUAUGUAGGCGGAUGUACGUAAAUAUAUAGUAUA